GAGUUGACUGGUCGCAGUCGCACGCAGCUAAAGACCCGCAGACGUGAAACGACUUAUGGACGCUGUAAAAUAUUGCCAGUGAUAAACUGGGUCACCUGUUUGUAGAUAUGACCGGUAACAAAAGCCGUGAAACGGACACAAAACGGCUCCAAAGUACCGUCACUACGGAGUACUGCGCGCAGUUACAGCGGUGGAUGUGGCACUGUUACUGGGGGAAUGUCAGCCCGCAGAGCUCGGCUGCUCUCGCGGCUUUCUCCUGUCUUCCUCCGCCGCACACAAGCGCUCAGACACCGGGUGCACCUGCCUCAAGCUCCGACAGCCGGCAUGAAAUGUUUGACUCGCGGAAUUGGCACGGUCACCCUCCUUUUGGACCCCCGACGUCCUCCCCUCCUCGCCCGGGUGGAGCUCAGACUGAUGCCCGGUCAGCCCAGCAGCAGACCGGGACUCCUCCUCAGGCAGGGCGAGAGUACACAAUUCCUUCUCCUCUCCUGAGGUUCCUUGCAGAAACUGUAGACUUCUUCAUCCUGUUUUGUGUGAAAGCCACUAUCGUGUUGUGGAUCAUGCAUCUGAGUGGUAUGAAGGACAUCACAAAGUUCGUCACCCACUUUAUUGUGGAGGAGUUUGAUGAGAACACGUCCAUAGAGGACCUGCAGAAAAUGAUGGUCGUGGCUCUGGUCUACAGGGUACUAGUGUGCAUCUACGAGACGAUCUGCAUUUGGGGCGCUGGUGGAGCGACGCCGGGAAAGUUUCUGCUCGGUCUCAGAGUGGUGACAUGCGAUACGUCUACGCUGGUGCGACCCAACCGGGUUCUCGUGGUCCCCGCAUCUAAUGUUUCUCUCUCGGCCUCUGCAGUGCGUGCUCUGAACAAGAACUUCUCCAUUGCCUUCCUCUUCCCGAUCUUCAUCACUCUCCUCCUCUUUCAGCACAACAGGACGGUGUACGACGUCAUGGCAGGGACCAUGGUUGUGCAGCGCAGGGGGGGCAGAUAGGCUCUCGUCAUGUCCACGUCCAACAGGUCCACAUCUUAUUUAUUUCAAAUCAGAUUUAUUUGCACUGAAA